GAGCACAGGCAUCAUACAGAUUUACUGGGGGAUGAAGAAAGAUUUUCUGAACUUAAAAAAACAAACCCAAAAAAAAAAAAAAAACCUGAGGGGCGUAUCAAAACAGUUAACUUUCAGAGUGAGGAAAUUAACCGUUGCAGAAAUAUAUGGUCAUUUCCUGAGCCCGAUGAUCUGAGAAGUAACCAACAUAAGACGUUUUCUAACAGCCAAUCUGUCAUUUAUAGGCUUUUCAUGCUACACCGUACACACUGGAGCAGGAGGCUCACUUCCAGCUGCAGUGUCAACACACCGAGAGAGGGAGAGUGACUUGCUUAAGGUCACACAGGAAGUUGGUGGGGAGCCUGGAACUGAACCCACGUCUCCAGCUAGCACCCUGCACCUUUCUGCAGCCUUUUUCAAGAUACUUCCAGCUCAGACAUGUACGGAAAGUAAAAUCUGUUACAGUGUGGAAGCACCAGCUCCGAUCAGAUGAAAAUUCCCUAGGGAACUGCCUAUUUUAACUGAACUCUCAUGAUAUGAUCCAGAAGGCUUUUAAGAAUCAACAAUUUCCUUUUCCAUAAUGCAUACAAAUAAAUCCCAACUGGAUGAUGAAACAAUGGCCAUGCUUCAGAACAGAGCUAUUGCAAUCACCCUCCCAGCUGUGUACUCCUUGGUGGCCCUCAUCAGCAUCCCUGGGAAUGUGUUCUCCCUUUGGGUGCUCUGCUGCCACAUCAAACCCAAAACACCUUCAGUUAUCUUCAUGAUUAACCUUAGCAUCACAGACCUCACACUGGCUUGCUGCUUUCCCUUCCAGAUUAUCUAUCACAUCAAGAACAACAACUGGAUCUUUGGUAAGAGUCUUUGCAGCUUAGUCACAGUGAUGUUCUACUCAAACAUGUAUUCUUCCAUACUCACCAUGACCUGCAUCAGCAUAGAGCGGUUCUUGGGAGUGGUGUAUCCCAUGAAGUUAGUCAAGUGGAGAAGAAAGAGAUAUGCACUUGCUACCUGCCUGGGCACAUGGGCUGUUUUGCUAUUGGCCCUAUACCCACUGGCAAGCACAGAUCUGACCUAUGAAGUAAAAGCACUAGGAAUCAUAACUUGUUUUGAUGUGCUUAAAUGGGACAUGCUGCCCAAUGUUAUGGCAUGGGCAGCCUUUCUUCUGACACUGUUUGUUCUUCUCUUCCUGAUCCCAUUCAUAGUGACAGUAGCCUGCUACAUUGGUACUAUUCGGAAGCUCAUUCAGGCCUCUAGCAGAUAUGGUAACAGGCAGAAGACUAGGUCUAUUUACCUGGCUGGAAUUGUUCUCUUGGUAUUCGUCACUUGCUUCGCCCCUAAUAACUUUAUUCUACUUGUGCACAUGAUUAGCCGUCUCUUUUUCAACAAGAGUUUCUACCCUGCUUACAAACUCACCCUAUGCCUCAGUUGCCUGAACAUCUGUAUAGAUCCAUUCAUUUACUAUUUUGCAUCCAAAGAAUUUUAUCAGAAAUUUAUGCAGGUAAUAGGUCAUAAGGUACUGCUCACUGACAGUCUGGAGACCAGAAGAGAAAGCUUAUUUUCUGGCAGGACAAUGUCGGCCAGGUCAAUGUCAAGUGGGCCUAUGGAAGGGUUAGAUGGAGUUAAGGAAUGUUUGCAAAGGCAAGAAAGUGUUUUUUAACUACAGACUUCAAAUCAGAUGUGGGAAGGCAGUAGUAAGUUCUCAGUGGAGAAAGAAAGGGAUUUUUCGUAAAUGAUAUUCUGAUAAACAUCAAUGCCCAUAGCAACAAUAGUCCAAACACACUGAACAGCAAGUAUCUCACACAUGUCAAAAAUCAGUAAACACUUGCUGGGAAGUAAUAGAGAAGGAGUAAGAUGAACCAAAAUUAUCAAAGCAAGAAAGUGAUCCAGUCCAAGUCCAGUGAUCCAAGACAAAACUGACAAACAAGGAUGCAGAUUGAAUUAAUUCUACUGAACACUUCUGAAUAUGAUCAGAAAGCAAGGACAAACCAAAAGUACUUUCAGAAUCAGAGAUCUCAGUGCUUAACCAAAUAUUUAUGGAUCUCACUUAUCAUACUAAAGGAAAAUAAUGUUAAAGUGGAUUUGGGGGCAGGGAGUUGCCUUUGUAAAUAAUAUGUUAAUUGCUUAUAGAGGUAUGAAUAUCUCUUUUGUGUUGUUGCAGAAAAAGAAUGAAUAUAUCUUGCCAUUUUAUCAUGAUACAUUAUGUGUAGCCACCAUGAACUCAUCACAACACUUAUGUAUCACUUGCUUGAUUUAUACACAGCUUAACCUAACCACAUUAACCUUCAAAGAGGUUAGCUUGGUUAAUAGUUAUUUAUUUCAAUUUCGUCUAUAGAAAUAUCUCGUAAAAUGAAGUAAAAAAGAAAGACCAACGUCAGUACCCUAAACCACAUCAAUGCCCCAGCUGCUGAGUGGGUUACAUCACUGUUAGAACUAGACACUUCUAAGGAGGGAGGUGAAGUGCAGAUGGCUUACAUGGCAAUUCUCUCACAAAGACUCACUACACUAAGAUUGCAGAGCUGGCAUUCACUUAACAUAGUUUAUUUGUUUGUUUUACAAUGGGCCAAACUCUAUGGUCCUGUACUGAAUACAGUUCCCAUUGCAGACAGUUUGAGUAUUGCUUUAUGUAGUUUAUUUUGCUUUCCUCUAGGAGCUAGUUCAGAUAAUGAUCCAGAUUCUCAUCUGCUGUAAAGGGGAGUAAUCCCAUUUAUCUCAAUUGCAUUACGCCAAUAUAAACAAGCUGAAGAUUUGUCUCCUGAGUCUUGGCAUUACCUCAUUUGCUUUUGAUACUUUACAUGUUUGGACUACAGGUUUUACAGACAGAAAGAAAAGCACUGGGCAGUUGAAAUUUACCAACCUUCCUGCAGCUAGCUCAUGUAUUAUUAGUGCAGUGGUAUGGUCAGACCCUCGGUACCCUGUCCCAACAUAUUGCAUCAUACCGUGCUACUCCUCAUAUCUCAGAAAUUGAAUGGUUGCUUAGAAAUACAAUAAAACAGCAUCUCCGUUUUUCUUUUUAAUCUCAAAUGACUUUUUUCCUAUUUUUUUAUUUGAAAUUGUGCAUAAUUUCAACACUCAUUAAAAUGAGGAGCUAAUGACACUUUUUAGAGCCAAGCAAGCUUCCCCUCACCACUGGGCCAAAACAACUCAACAAUACUUCUAAUAUCCUAGUGCUUGAUCUAACUCUCAGUGAGCUCAGCAGGAAACUUACCAUUGACACUGAUAUGAGCAUCGAAUCAGGCCUCAAGUAAUUGGCCAGCCUGGAGCAGUGACCGCCAGCUAUGUGAACUGUGUGGUAGUUCCGUAACAUGGACAAAAAUAUUUAGAAGGUGCUAGACCACUAAAAAUGUAUCUGCCUUUUCAUCUAAAGUAUGAUUCAAACUCGGCAAUCCAAAUGUUAAUAGUUCCAUACAUUAGUCUUGUGCACCAUCUACUUUCUAACCCAUGCUUUGUUAUAGUCACUGGAUAACCAAAAAACUUGUUUUAGAAUUUAUAAGGAUUCUUCCUACCUAUUAUCCUCCCUGUCAAAGAGUUAAGUACUGAUGGAGAUUACAACCGAGAUGAAAAGCAACACAUAUUAGUGCUUUACAGUAUAACCUCAGAGUUAUGAAAACCUCGGGAAUUGAAGUUGUUUGUAACUCUGAAACAUUAUAGUAGUUCUUUCAAAAGUAUACAACUGAACAUUGGCUUAAUACAGCCUUGAAACUUUACUAUGCAGAAGAAA